AAUGUUUUUUACACUAUAGUUUUAUUAGCUCUCUGGGAGUGAGCUACAUGAUGUUGUGCACUGAAAAUUACCCAAAUGUUCUGGCCUUCUCUUUCCUGGAUGAGCUUCAGAAGGAGUUCAUUACUACUUAUAACAUGAUGAAGACAAAUACUGCUGUCAGACCAUACUGUUUCAUUGAAUUUGAUAAUUUCAUUCAGAGGACCAAGCAGCGAUAUAAUAAUCCCAGGUCUCUUUCAACAAAGAUAAAUCUGUCUGACAUGCAGAUGGAAAUCAAGCUGAGGCCCCCUUAUCAAAUUUCCAUGUGUGAACUGGGGUCGGCCAAUGGAGUCACAUCUGCAUUUUCUGUUGACUGUAAAGGUUCUGGUAAGAUUUCUUCUGCUCACCAGCGACUGGAACCAGCGACUCUGUCAGGGAUUGUGGCAUUUAUCCUCAGUCUUUUAUGUGGAGCUCUGAAUUUAAUUCGAGGUUUUCAUGCCAUAGAAAGUCUUUUGCAGAGUGAUGGUGAAGAUUUUAAUUACAUUGUUGCGUUUUUCCUUGGAACAGCAGCCUGCCUUUACCAGUGUUAUUUACUUGUCUACUACACCGGCUGGCGGAAUGUCAAAUCUUUUUUGACUUUUGGUUUAAUCUGUCUGUGCAACAUGUAUCUCUAUGAACUGCGAAACCUGUGGCAGCUUUUCUUUCACGUGACUGUGGGCGCGUUUGUUACACUGCAGAUCUGGCUGAGGCAAGCCCAGGGCAAGGCUCCUGAUUAUGAUGUCUGACCCCAUCCUUCAGACAUACUGCCCUGGCUUCUGGGGAACUGCCACUGUGAUGAAGAAACUGUUCACCACAAUCGAGAAGCUCUGCUUUCUUUGUCUCCAACUCUCCUUUUUGUUUUAAGUCAGCAUGGCAUGCCUGGGAGCAUGCAGUACCUGCUAGGCAAACUCCUCAUGUUAGCCAGAGGAGGAGGAGACUUCUCUCUCCAGGGCCACGACAGUGGAAGAACAGUCAGAAGCUGUUGGAAGACUUGGCCAGCUGUCCUGGAUCCUUCUGAAGAGUUCAAUCAGAAAAUGUGUGUGGUCCAUGCUCUGAGGACCAAGCGGGAACUCUACAGCUUGGGUUUGCCUUUGUGAGGCAUGAGUAUAGCCAAAAUAAAAAGAUGCCGUGGAGUUGAUGUUUAAAA